AUGACAGAAAAUUCAGCAGAGCUAAGGAAAAGGUCCGUUAAGAACGACAGCGGAUCUUUCCCUUACUCGGAUAGUGUCCUUAUGAAAAGGGCCUCUUCAAGCUCUUCUGAGUUGUUGGGAAACCUCGCCGAUGAAUCAACCAAAGAGGAAUACUUGUUGAACAAGCUGGAUAUGUUUCUUAGUGAUUUGGAAUUCAAGCUAGACAAUUUUGAGGAGUACAUGAGCUCCUCAAAUCAUGAACAUCUGGAAUUUAUUAGCACACUUUUGUCACUCAAAGACAAGGUUGUUCGUAAAAGUAAACAGUUUCAUAUGGAUCAAAUCCUCAAGAUCAUUGAAGAUAACUAUGGCGCAUUGCUGCCUAGUAGCCUGAACGUGACGGAGAAAUUGAUCACAGCCAUUAACUUCCUGGAUGCAAAGCUUUCUGAAUUUGACAAACUACUUAUUGAGGAGCAGAACCAGUUAAUGCCAAUCAUCAACCAAAAGCUGAUGAAUGUCGAUGAAGCCAUAGAGAAAGGAGCCGACAAUAAACUCAUUCAUUUCUACGAUCUCCCCUUUCACUGGAGAGAAAAUAAAUACAUUGUUUUUGGUUACAGAUUCAACGGUACACACAAGGAGGCAACCAAAUCUAUAUGCCAAUGCCAUAAUGAAACAUUCAAUAUCUGGUCCCAUUUGUUAGGUGCCAUGCUAUUAGUUUAUCUCAGUUUUUGUCAUUUGCCUUCUAUGGAAUUGUUUCAAUCGUUUAAUAUGACAGACAAGUUUGUCUUGUACCAGUUCAUGUUUUGCGCUUUCCACUGUCUCAUGAGCUCAACAUUUUGGCAUUCGUUCAGCAACAUUGCAAGUUUUCCAUUGCGCAACAGUUAUGCGUGUGUUGACUACACUGGAAUUACCGUCCUCAUCACAUCAUCAGUCGUUACUACGGAACAUGUUGCCCUUCAGCAUGUAAAUGCGUGGUAUAGGAUAUGCCUGAUCACGUUUUCCGUUCUAUCAGGUGUUGCGGGCGUCAUGUUCACGUGGUCGCCUUACUUUGAUAAACCUGAAAACCGGCACCUGAGGAUAUCUUUUUUUGUUUCAUUAGCAUUUCUGGGGGUAUCAACCUUCGUACUCCUUUGGUUUCUAAAGGGAGUUAGUCCUACGUUUGCAUUUUAUUUUCCAUUACUCCGAAGCUUUGCAUCAUAUGGAAUUGGGGUUGUCUUUUAUGCGACGUUCAUUCCUGAAAAAUGGAGAACCGAUGUGGUGGUAGACAAUAAGGAGAUUUGUGAUAGGACAUUAUUGACCCUCUACAAAGAAUCUAGACUCGAGGAGGAGCUGUAUAACAAGACACCAGAAUUAACAUCCAAAGGCAAGAAGAAACACCUGACUUCACUUUAUUGGUGUGACUAUAUAUUGUCAUCCCACAAUAUCUGGCAUUUGUUCGUGCUUGGAGGAAUUCUUGGCCAUUAUUCGGCCAUCUUGGAGAUGUUCGGGAACAUGAAGGACUUUGUCUGA